CCUCUGUUCCUGCAGAUUAACAUUGAGGAUCUUGAGGAGGGACCUGUGGUGAACGGGGAGAGGCCCGAUGGUCUGCGCACAGAAGCUGUGAUGUCGGGGAGCAAAAGGAAGUCCCAGAGUGGAAGUGCCGAGCCCAGGAAGGAUGGAGAGGUGGAUGACAGGACAGGGCCCCUGGAGCAGUCGAAUGUGAGUGGCAAACUCCGAAAGAAGAAAAAGAAACAGAAAAAUAAGAAAAGUUCUACAGAAGAAACUUCGGAAAAUGGGCUGGAAGACAUUGAUCGCAUCUUGGAGAGGAUUGAGGACAGCAGUGGCCCUCACCACCCCAGCCCACCUCCCCUGAGCUCGAGGAAGCACGUCCUGUAUGUGGAGCACAGACACUUAAAUCCAGACACAGAACUGAAAAGGUAUUUCGGUGCCCGAGCUGUCCUAGGGGAACAAAGGCCGCGGCAGAGACAGCGCGUGUACCCCAAGUGUACGUGGCUGACGACCCCUAAGAGUACUUGGCCCCGGUACGCCAAGCCAGGCUUGUCGAUGCGGCUGCUGGAGUCCAGAAAAGGCCUGUCCUGCUUUGCAUUCGAGCACAGCGAGGAGUACCAGCAGACACAGCACAAGUUCCUGGCUGCCGUGGAGUCGAUGGAGCCCAACAACAUCGUGGUUCUGCUGCAGACAAGCCCAUAUCACGUCGACUCACUGCUGCAGCUCAGCGACGCCUGCCGAUUCCAGGAUGAUCAGGAGAUGGCGCGAGACCUCGUGGAGAGAGCGCUGUACAGCAUGGAGUGUGCCUUCCACCCCCUGUUCAGCCUCACCAGUGGGACCUGCCGGCUGGACUACCGCAGACCCGAGAACAGGAGCUUCUACCUGGCCCUCUACAAGCAGAUGAGCUUCCUGGAAAAGCGGGGCUGCCCGCGCACGGCGCUGGAGUACUGCAAGCUCAUCCUGAGCCUGGAGCCCGACGAGGACCCCCUGUGCAUGCUGCUGCUGGUGGACCACCUGGCCCUACGGGCGCGUGACUACGAGUACCUGAUCCGCCUGUUCCAGGAGUGGGAGGCUCAUCGGAACCUGUCCCAGCUCCCAAACUUCGCCUUCUCCGUGCCCUUGGCGUAUAGCAAGCUCAGCUCCGCGAGGGAAAAGGCCUCUCUCUUGGUGCGACAGGCCCUCCUCAUGUUCCCUGGAGUUCUAAUGCCCUUGCUCGAGUGCUGCAGUGUUCGGCCAGAUGCCGCCGUCGCCUGUCACCCCUUCUUUGGACCCAAUUCCGAAAUAAGCCAGCCCCCUGCGCUGAGCCAGCUGGUGAGCCUGUACCUCGGGCGGUCCCACUUCCUCUGGAAGGAGCCCGCCAUCAUGAGUUGGCUGGAGGAGAAUGUCCGUGAGGUCCUACAGGCAGUGGAUGCUGGGGACCCCGCUGUGGAAGAGUGUGAGAACAGGCGGAAGGUGCUCUACCAGCGUGCGCCCAGAAAUAUCCACCGUCACGUGGUCCUCUCUGAGAUCAAAGAAGCUGUUGCUGCGCUGCCCCCGGAUGUGACCACGCAGUCUGUGAUGGGCUUUGACCCUCUGCCUCCUUCAGAUACCAUCUACUCCUACACCAGGCCAGAGAGGCUGAGCCCCGUCAGCCAUGGAAACACAAUCGCCCUCUUCUUUCGGUCACUUCUGCCCAGUUACACCAUGGAGGGGGAGAGGCAAGAGGACGGAGGGGCCGAGGGCCUGGACCAUAACCAGGGCUUGAACAGGCUGAUGCUGGCUGUGCGAGACAUGAUGGCCACCUUUCACUUCCAUGACCCAGAGGCUCCGCCUGAGGACCAUGCCGAGGGGGACGGGGAGUGGGACUGAGCGCACAGCUGCCACGCCCACACUGUACAAUUAUGUUCCUGAUUUGUCUGGUCAGAAUUGACCGGUUCCCUGAAGUAAAAAUGCCAUGUCCGUCUGCC